CAAAACAAUAGAGCAUCUGCACGUCGGAAGGCUGCGUAUCCAUAAUAAUCGGGUUCCUUGUUUUCCUUGUCUCUUGCUUUCUUUUCGUUCUUCACCGAUCAUCGUUGAUACCAGCGUAGUUGCCAGCCAUGACUGAUUCCCAGCAACCAGCUGCCCAGUCCAAGUCUCGCAACCAUGCUCAGGCAGCACCCCGCAAAGUGAGAUUCAACGUUGGCACUCAAUACCAGGUACUGGACGUUGUCGGCGAGGGUGCAUAUGGCAUCGUGUGCUCUGCAAUACAUCGUCCGAGUGGGCGCAAGGUCGCCAUCAAAAAAAUCGCCCCGUUCGAUCAUUCGAUGUUCUGCUUGCGGACACUGCGAGAACUCAAGUUGCUAAAGUUUUUGAGCGAGGCUGGCGUUAGCGAGAACAUCAUUUCGAUUCUGGAUAUCAUCAAACCCCCUUCACUAGAGGCUUUCAAGGAAGUUUACUUAAUACAGGAACUGAUGGAGACCGACAUGCACCGCGUUAUCAGGACACAGGAUCUCUCCGACGACCAUGCCCAAUACUUUGUCUACCAGACAUUGCGCGCUCUAAAGGCGCUGCAUUCUGCCGACGUCAUUCACCGCGAUCUCAAACCCUCGAAUCUUCUUCUCAAUGCCAACUGCGACCUCAAAGUUUGUGACUUUGGACUUGCACGGUCAGUGAGGACCGCAGAACCCUCUGGAACGGAGACGGGUUUCAUGACCGAAUAUGUCGCUACUCGGUGGUAUCGCGCUCCGGAAAUCAUGCUCACGUUCAAGCAGUACACCAAGGCAAUUGAUGUAUGGUCAGUCGGAUGUAUCUUGGCGGAGAUGCUCUCGGGAAAGCCACUCUUCCCUGGACGGGAUUACCACCAUCAGUUGUCGCUUAUUCUUGAUGUGUUGGGUACGCCGACGUUGGAUGAGUUUUAUGCGAUUACCACGCGACGGUCCCGGGAUUAUAUUCGAGCGUUGCCAUUCCGCAAGCGUAAGCCCUUCGCGCAGCUGUUCCCCAAUGCCAAUCCUCUGGCAAUCGACUUUUUAACAAAGACCUUGACGUUCGAUCCAAAGAAACGGCUAACGGUCGAGGAGGCGCUAGAGCAUCCAUAUCUAGAGGCAUAUCAUGAUCCCGAAGAUGAACCUGUGGCUCCGCCCCUUGACCCGGAGUUCUUCGAAUUUGACCUGCACAAAGACGACAUCAGUCGGGAACAACUCAAGGAGCUGCUGUACCAAGAGAUCAUGUCCUUCCGCCCCACCCCCAUGUCCUGAUAACAUGUGCUUUGGCCAACCUUUUGAAUUCCCCGCAUACUCGUGCCACCACGAGGUGCAACACGUCCUGUCUAUAAUCCUUGGAGCAAAGCAGAUGUAUUAACCGAACAUAACUCAAUCUACGCGUCAGCGUCACCAGUGUAUCUCGCGAUCCGUGAUCGCCUUCACAUCAACUUUGUGGCCCGCGCUUGGUUCGCGGUUGCUGUCGCCUGUGCUACAAUAUCUGAAAACUUAGGGAACGGACGUUUUGUUCUUU